GAGUGGGUAUGGGGUGAGAGAAGAACGAACAGAAUAAAUAAAUUAAAUAAGCACCAGCUAGCAAGCUGUGGCUCCUUUAUCUUUCCGUCUCCUUCUCAUCUUUUCUCUCUUUCUCUGCAACUCUCUUGUGUUUGAUGUGAUUCUCUUCAUUACUUCCCCUAAAAAACCCACACCAACCCUUUACAAAAAGAGAAAGCUCUCCGAGACAUAAGAGCCAUGGUUUUCUCAUCCAUUCCCGGCUAUCUGGAUCCACCCAACUGGCAGCAACAGCAAUCCACUCAUCAUCAUCAACAACAAGGAGGUGGCACGGAUCAGAAUCCCCAUCUUCUUCCACCGCCACCACCACCUUCCGGAGGACCUGGAGAUGCUGGUAACGGCGGAGCAGGCACGAUUAGACCUGGAUCGAUGUCUGAUCUUGCCAGACAGGCCAAGUUGCCGCAGCCCGAGACAGCCCUAAAAUGCCCUCGAUGCGAAUCCACAAACACCAAAUUUUGCUACUUCAACAAUUACAGCUUGACGCAGCCGCGCCACUUCUGCAAGACCUGUCGGCGCUACUGGACCCGAGGAGGAGCGCUGAGAAGUGUGCCGGUCGGAGGAGGCUGCAGAAGGAACAAAAGGAGCAAAAGGUCAAAGUCACCAGCGUCGGCAUCAGCAGCAGAUCAUCAUCAUCAGCGCCAAGGCGGAGCUGGUUCGAGCUCCAGCACAGUUUCCAACUCCAACAGCUGCAGUACUAGUGAAAAUAUCUUAGGCCAUUUGGCUCCUCCACCACAUCAGUUUCCCUUUCUGCCCUCUUUACAUCAUCUAAGUGAUUAUAGUUCCGGCGGCUUAAGUUUCGGGGGGAUUCAACAACCUUCUGGUGUUGAAUUCCAUAGUCAGAAUAUUGGUGCUAGUGGAAAUAGUGGUGGUGUUGGGUCUAUCUUGUCAACUGGGAUGGCUGAGCAUUGGAGAUCAUCACUUCAGCAUCAUCAAGUUCAACAAGGCCAGCAAUUUCCUUUCUUGGCUAAUUUGGAGCCACCAAGUAGUCAUGGCUUAUACCAGUUUGACGAUAAUCAAAAUAAUGCUCACGAUACAGCAAGCUAUGGAAAGGGAGCUGGUCAGCUCCUUUCUAAGCCAUUAGUGGAUUCAAGCAUUGGGGCUACUCAGGUUGCUAAUGUGAAAAUGGAAGAAAGCCAAGCAUUGAAUAUGUCAAGAAAUUUUUUGGGUAGUCUUGGAAAUGAUCAUCAUCAGCAAUACUGGGGUAGUACUACUGCUGCUGGUGGCAUUAAUAAUGCUUGGACUGAUCUUUCAGGUUUCACUUCUUCUACCAGUCAUCUCUUAUAAUGUUUUCACGAUCACUAAGCCUCUGAGUUUCAAACCAACCAACAACGUCCCCUAACCGUUGAGUUUUAUCGAAAGUUCAAAGUUUAAAUGAGAAAUAUAUUUAUGGUGAAAUGGGAAAGGUCGAUGGAGUGAUCUCUUCCUAUUUUGCUGAAACAAACUUAGAAUGGUAGGUUUUUCUAGCAUUGAAACGUUUUGUUGUGUGUUUAUUGCUUGAGCGUUUGUGGGGUUAUUCAAUGGGUAUGUCCGAAGUAGCUAGGCUAGCUUGUGUUCCAUGUAGUAUUAUCUGACAUGAAGGGAUUAAAUUGUUAUCAUUAUCAAAUUAAUGCAAUGUGUACUGAAGUAAUUUUCCUUCAUUAA